AUGGCGAAAUUAUCUCUGGCCGAGCAGAUUUCUCAACUGGCUAACCCCAAGCCCAAGGAUGUGGAUAUCGAGAACUUUGAGGACCGUGACGAUGGUUCCGAGAGCGGUGGAGACGUGGAUUACGACAGUGAUCUAGCGACAGAGCACUAUGUCAAGGUCGGCAAGAGCAAGCUGCGAGAUGAUGCUCCUGCUCUAAACCCCAAGUACAAGGCCGGCAAGGUGAGCAGGAAGGCUCUUUAUGACGACGAGGACGAGGACGGCGAUGGCGCUGACGGUUUCAUUGAUGAGGACGACGAGGACGAUGAGGAGGACGAUGAGGAGGGAGAAGGCAAUGGUUUCAUUGACGACGAAGUUGAGGUUGAUGAAGAGGACCAGGACGAAGACGGAGAUGAAGACAUGGAGGAUGAGCAGGAUGAGGACGAGUCUGACGAAGAGCUGUCUGAGAACGAGAAUGACAGCUCGGCUAGAGCCACCCUCAAGGAGCUGCUGAGGGAGGAAAAGAAGGCGUCCAAGCAGCAGGCCAAGGAGGCUAUUGUUUCCGACGCACAAAAGGGAUUCGCCAUUCACAAACAGACCGAUCUAUACGAGACACUUCUGGACGCGCGAAUCACAUUCCAAAAGGCAGUCCAGUCUGCCAACGCUCUUCCUAUCAGCGAUACUAAGGCCGAGGAGCUCGGUGAAGACAUCACCAACACUCUUCAAGACACAAAGGCAAAGUUGUCGGACUUCAUCUCCCAAAUAGCCAAGAUGCGACACAACAUGGCUGUGCAGGACAAUGUGUUUGCUGCCGACUCCGUCAAGCUAUCGACCAAGCGAACUUUUGAUGCCACUCUGGAUAACAUGGACAAGCUGGAUACAGAAUUCAAGGCAUACGAGACUUCUGUGCUGAGCAAGUGGUCUCAGAAGGUGCAGGCCUCAUCUGCGGCCUCCGCUCUCAACUCCUCCAAGUUCAAGGCUCUGAACCAGUCUUCUGCCAACCAGGUCGCUGCUACUCUGGCGGACAUGGACCGACUUGUCAAGCGAACUCGAAUGAAUCGAUCCAACGUUGUCAUUCUUGGCGAGGAACAGAUGGGCGCCAUUCAGGACGCCGAGGGCGAAAACUACUACAUCUUUGAUGACUCAGACUUUUACCGAAACUUACUCAAGGAUCUGAUUGACCGACGAAUGGUGGAUUCCGGCUCUCAAAGCAGUGGCGUCAAGACCUGGACUGCCACAAAGGCCAAGACCAAGAAGAACGUGGACACAAGAGCAUCCAAGGGUAGAAAGCUGCGAUACCAUGUGCAGGACAAGGUGCAGAACUUUGCUGCUCCCCGGCCGGUUUUCACCUGGGAGGACGAUCAGAUCGACGAGCUGUUUGCCGGUCUUCUGGGGCAGCGAGUCAACUUCAACGAGGACGAUGAUGGAGAGGAGAAGGAGAAGGAAGAAAAGGAAGAAAAGGAGGAGCAGGAGUUGGUUAUUCCCGACGACGGUCUCCGAAUCUUUGGUUAG